CUCCGGUUUGACCGUUCGAGAUUGACGACCUGAAUCGAGUUUUGAUCUCGCAGACGUCUCCCGACCUCGUCCAAUUCCCUUCUCUCUUCUCCAAGCAAUCAAGCUCAUUUCGACUAGUCUUUAAACAUCCUUCUGAUCUCCAACGGAGCAUUUGGGAGACUCGUCACCUUAACCUAAAAAACCAAAUCAACACCACCACAAAACUCGCUUCAAGAUGCCUUCCAGGGACCAGAAGACUGCUUACUUCGCUCAGUUGAGGGAGCUCAUCGAGUCUUACCCCUCGAUCUUUGUCGUCCAGAUCGACAAUGUCGGAUCCAACCAGUUGCACCAGAUCCGAGUUGCCCUCCGAGGCAAGGGUGUCGUCCUUAUGGGCAAGAACACCAUGGUCCGACGAGCUCUCCGAGGAAUCAUCGUCGACCACCCUCAGUUCGAGAAGCUCUUGCCUUUCGUCAAGGGUAACAUCGGUUUCGUCUUCACCUCGGGUGACUUGAAGGACAUUCGAGAGAUCAUCGUCGCCAACAAGGUCGCUGCCCCCGCCCGACCCGGUGCCGUCGCUCCCAACGACGUCUACGUCCCCGCCGGUAACACCGGUAUGGAGCCCGGUAAGACCUCGUUCUUCCAGGCCCUGCAGAUCCCCACCAAGAUUGCCCGAGGAACCAUCGAAAUCGUCAACGACGUCAAGGUCCUCGAGAAGGGUGUCAAGGUCGGAACCUCCGAGGCCACCUUGUUGAACAUGCUCAACAUCUCGCCGUUCACCUACGGAAUGGUCGUCGAGCAGAUCUUCUCCGAGGGCAACGCCUUCUCCCCCGAGAUCCUCGACGUCGAGGAGUCCGUCCUCCUCGACGGGUUCUUGGCCGGGAUCAAGCAGAUUGCUACCAUCUCCCUCGCCACCGGAUACCCUACCAUCGCCUCGGUCGGUCACUCGUUGGUCAACUCGUACAAGAACUUGCUCAACAUCUCGCUCGCCACCGAGUACGAGUUUGACGGGUCCAAGCAGAUCAAGGAGUACCUCGCCAACCCCGAGGCUUUCGCCGCUGCCGCCCCCGCUGCUGCCGCUGCCACCGACGCUCCUGCUGCCGAGGAGGCCAAGGAGGACGCCAAGGCCGACGACGAGGAGGGUUCCGACGACGACAUGGGAUUCGGACUCUUCGACUAAACA